AUGUCUUCCCCCACACCCCCUGACAGCUCACCAUCUCCGCCCAAAAAGCCACCAACCUCCAAGCCCGUCGCAAAAGCCUCAGAUGACCGUGUCGCUCCAUUCACUUCGCUAUUCGGCCCCUUCAUCAUCCCCACAAAGACUCCAGCACCAGGGUCCGUGAACAGCCCCACUUCACAGCCACCGGCCACAACAUACCACGUCAAAGCAAUCUACAUCAACGCACCCUCUGACAUCGUCGAAUUUAACGGGUAUUGUGGCACCCAUGAGCAGACAAAGCAGGCGCUGGAAGGCUUGAUAGACCAAGCGCGUACUGGGUACCGCACAACCGAUGAAGGAGAAAUUGAGCAUAUCGAGGGAUCAGAGUGCAAUGUUAGAGUGGCGGAUGAUGGGUUGAGUUUUGAGGUGUUUCCUUUUGAAUGGGAGGGGUGGGUGGCGAGAGUUUGGGCGGAGGAGAAGGAUGGUGAUGGCGGAGAGUACCGUGCUGCGUUUGGGUGGUGA